AUGCUUACGGUCCUUCAAAUAGGAAAUACAAGUGUGUUUUCAAGUCCAUGCGAUAAAUAGUUGAUCAGAUUAAAAAAUAAUUAAUCAAACGUGGUCAAAUUUCACAAGCGAGGCGACUUUUUCUUCCACAAGCAGAAUGUAUUAACCGAAAUUAAUUAAUUAAAUCUGUGACUAAUUCGGUGACAAUCUACUUCGUAUUUCGAUAUUAGGUAUAGUGGCGUCAUCUGACGGAGAUUGCACAAACUUAAAUGACGAUCACACUUUCAUAACUCUAGAUAUUCUCCAUUUAAGUUUAAUUGAUUAUAUUAAAAUUAUUGCUUGCGUUAAAAGAAUUUUCUUUCUUUUGUUUGCAGUAUCCGAGAGUUACAGCAGUUAUGUAAAUUCGAUGUACGCCAGCGGGGCCCAAUUUGCCACUCCUUGCACUCCUAGCCCACCACGGGGACCCGGUGGAGUUCCAACGAGCGUGAUUCAAGCAGCAACCAGUUCAGUUUCCGAUGACUUGUAUCUGCUGGAAUUAGGUUUUCCCCCACGGUCGAAAAAGAACAAGCUGAAAAAGCCACGCCAAGGGGAUGGCGCCGCGGUGAAGAGGAAAUCUCGCGAGGGUUCAACGACGUACCUAUGGGAGUUCUUGUUAAAGUUGCUACAGGAUCGAGAGUACUGCCCUCGAUACAUCAAAUGGACGAAUCGUGAACGAGGUGUCUUCAAACUGGUGGACAGCAAGGCGGUCUCUCGCUUAUGGGGUUUGCACAAGAAUAAACCGGACAUGAAUUACGAAACGAUGGGCAGAGCUCUACGUUAUUAUUAUCAGCGUGGUAUACUGGCGAAAGUGGACGGGCAACGGUUGGUCUAUCAGUUUGUCGACGUACCGAAGGAUAUUAUAGAAAUUGACUGUACCGGCGCGUGA